UCGGCGUCGGGCGGCGCUCGCGGGCGGGGAAUCACGUGAUGGGACCAAGAUGGCUGCCUUUCCCUGGCAUGCGAGAAUGCGAAACUAUGGACGUGAAUUGGAAUUAUGCAGGCGGGAAGCUGUGCCUGUGGAGUUUGGAGACUUCCAUCCACUCAAACCCAUUAUGGUUACUGAAUCUAAGACAAAAAAAUUGGGUCGUAAAGGAAGCACGUCCUCUACAUCUUCCUCCUCUUCUAGUUCAGUGUUGGAUCCACUGAGCAGCGUUCUGGACGGCACAGAUCCUUUAUCUUUGUUUGCAGCUACUGCAGAUCCAAUGCUGACUAUAACAAUGGAUAAUGCCAGGAAGAAGCGUGAUAAAGAUGAGAGUUUGUCUGUGGGAAGUGACUUUGAACCUUGGUCAAGCAAACGGGGUGAAAUACUGGCACGGUACACAACAAAUGAGAAACUGUCCAUAAAUUUAUACAUGGGAUCAGAAAAAGGAAGAGCUACAACUCCUGGAUCUGCAGUUUCAGAGAAAGUACGGACCAGGCUAGAAGAAUUGGAUGAUCUUGAAGAGGGGUCCCAAAAAGAAUUACUAAACUUAACCCAGCAAGACUACACAAACCGGAUUGAGGAACUCAACCAAUCCUUGAAGGAUGCCUGGGCCUCAGAUCAGAAAGUAAAAGCCCUCAAGAUUGUUAUUCAGUGUUCUAAACUUCUUUCAGAUACAACUGUGAUUCAAUUUUAUCCCAGUAAGUUCGUCUUAAUAACAGACAUCCUUGAUACAUUUGGAAAGUUGGUGUAUGAACGGAUCUUUUCUAUGUGUACUGAUCAUUGCAGCCCAUUGCCAGAUAAUUUUACUCCUGAAAGCGUUAAUGACGUCGCCAAAGAAACCUGCUUGAACUGGUUUUUCAAGAUUGCUUCCAUCCGAGAACUCAUUCCAAGAUUUUAUGUGGAGACAGCAAUACUGAAGUGCAACAAAUUCCUUUCCAAAACGGGUAUUUUGGAAUGCCUCCCCCGACUGACUUCCAUGAUCCGAGGAAUUGGUGAUCCUCUGGUGGCUGUCUACGCUAGAGCAUAUCUCUGCAGGGUUGGGAUGGAAGUGGCUCCUCACCUGAAAGACAGCCUCAACAAGAACUUUUUUGACUUUCUUCUCACCUUUAAGCAAAUUCACGGGGAUACUGUCCAGAACCAGCUGGUGUCACAGUGCGUUGAGAUCCCGUUGUAUCUAACACUUUAUUCUCCGGCAAUAGAUUGGAUUCUACAAUGUAUUGCUUACCGAGCUGCAGAGGCAUUGUUGACAGAGAUGAUGGAGAGAUGCAGGAAGCUGGGCAACAAUGCUUUGCUCUUGAAUUCCGUAAUGUCUGCCUUCAGAGCUGAAUUUAUUGCUGCAAGGGCGAUGGAUUUUAUUGGUAUGAUAAAAGAGUGUGAUGAAUCUGGGUUCCCCAAGCAUCUUCUCUUCUGCUCUCUGGGACAGAACUUGGCCUUAGCUGACCCACCAGAAAGUGACCGGCUUCAAAUCUUAAAUGAAGCAUGGAAAGUUAUUACAAAGCUAAAGAGUCCACAGGACUAUAUAAAUUGUGCAGAAAUCUGGAUGGAAUACACGUGCAGGCAUUUUACGAAGCGUGAAGUCAAUACCGUUUUAGCUGAUGUCAUUAAACAUAUGACUCCAGAUCGGGCUUUUGAAGAGGCCUACCCUCAGCUUCAAUCAAUAAUUCAGAAAGUCAUCACCUAUAUCCAUGAUUUCUCCAUUCUCUUUUCAUUGGAGAAAUUCUUGCCAUUCCUGGAUAUGUUCCAGAAAGAGACUGUGAGAGUAGAAGUUUGUAAGUGCAUCAUGGAAGCUUUUAUUAAGCACCAACAGGAAACCACCAAGGACCCCGUGAUUCUCAACGCCCUACUGCACGUGUGCAAAACUAUGCACGAUUCAGUAAACGCACUGACCCUGGAAGACGAAAAGCGAACAUUGGCCUCUUUGAUAAACGGAUUUGUAAAAAUGGUAUCGUUUGGCCGGGAUUUUGAGCAGCAGCUGAAUUUUUACGUGGAAGCCAGAUCCAUGUUCUGCCAUUUGGAACCUGUUCUCAUCCAGCUGAUUCACAGUGUGAAUCAGCUGGCGAUGGAAACCAGAAAAGUGAUGAAGGGAAAUCACUCCAGAAAGACCGCGGCGUUUGUCAGGGCCUGUGUUGCCUUCUGCUUCAUUACAAUUCCGUCUCUGACUGGCAUCUUCACUCGUCUCAAUUUGUACUCGCUCUCUGGACAAGUGGCUUUGGCUAAUCAGUGCCUUUCACAAGCGGAUGCCUUUUUCAGAGCGGCGAUAAGCCUUGUUCCCGAGGUGCCGAAGAUGAUCAGCAUAGAUGGGAAGCUGCGGCCUUCAGAAGCAUACCUCCUGGAAUUCCUCUGCAGUUUCUUCUCAACGUUGUUAAUCAUUCCUGACCAUCCUGAGCAAGGGGUACUGUUUCUUGUGCGAGGGUUGCUCAAUGUUAUCCAGGAUUACACUUGGGAAGAUAACAGUGAUGACAAAAUCAAAAUUUACACCAGUGUGGUGCAUCUUCUGUCUGCCAUGAGUCAGGAGACCUACAUCUAUCACAUAGACAAAGUUGAAUCUAAUGAUACCUUGUAUGGUGGAGACACUAAAUUUUUGGCAGAAACAAGCAGGCUGUGUGAAACAGUGAUAAACCAAAUCUUAGAGCAUCUGAAGAACCUUGGAAAGGAUGAGACUCUAAAGCGCCAGAGUCACCUGGCGCUCUGCUUCUUCAACAGCCUCGUGGCCCAUGCAGAUCUGCGGAACAACAAACUCAACCAGCUUGCGGUCAACCUGUGGAACCUGGCUCAGAAACAUGGCUUUGCCGACACCAAAACCAUGGUCAAAACCUUGGAAUACAUCAAGCUGCAAAGCAAGCAUCCCGGACUGAGCCACUUUACCGAGCUGGCGCACAGGCUUCCUUUGCAGUCAAGGACCUAAUGAAUGUGGAUUCAUGCAGUUAUGUCUGUGAAAACAUUAGCAAUCCAAGCCCUUUAAACUCCAAGCUGCCUCACAGGGUAUUAGUCGGAGUUCAAUAUCUUCUCAUUUUAAAGCGCCCCUUGGUGCAUGGUUGAUUUAUUUGGUUGGAGAACAGAAGGUAAAUUUUCCUGGUGGUGCAUUUUUUUUUAAUAAAUGUGGCUUUGUUUCCCCCUGCACAGCUGUUAAUCAUUAAAAGUUGACUUUAAUGCUAA